AUGGCAUUCGUAAACGAAAUGCGUUUGUUUCAUGGGACCAACCCUGAAGUAGUGGAAGCUAUUUGCAAACAGAACUUUGACUGGCGUGUCAAUGGGAAGAACGGGACUGCUUACGGACAAGGAAACUAUUUUGCUGUAAACUCCUCCGAGAGCCUCUGUUACGCCAAAGAAGACAACAAAAGGUCUAAGUUCAUGUUCGUCGCCAAGGUCCUGGCUGGCUCGUAUACUGAAGGCAAGUCCAGUUAUCAAAGACCACCUUCAAAGAUAGACCCUGGGAAUCCCGCAAGUGAUCUGUACGAUUCUUGUGUGGAUAAAAUGUCUGAUCCAUCCAUUUUCGUCAUUUUUCAAAAUGACCAGUUGUACCCUGAGUACAUAAUCGAGUACUCGACAGCUCCACUAGCAGAUAUGACAACGAAAGCUUGGCCGGCGUAA